GGCGGAACAUCCUUUUCUCUCAUCACUUACAAGUCCAUCGUCAACGGCGACCAUGAAUCUCGUGAAGGUUCCGUUUACUCCAGAACCGUACCCUCCUGGGUCUUCGGAGAUACUUGAGGAUAUUACCCAGGAAAAUAGUCAUAGUUGGACACCUUUACUCCAGCACAAAUGUUCAUUUCCACCAGAGAUCUUUUCGCAAGUCAUGCUAAAUUUAAUCCGAAAUCCAAAUAUUAACUCCAAUCAUCUGUUUCGAGCCGAUAUCUCUUUAGAGCAACCAUUUGAUGAGAAUUUUCAAAAUGAUACCACAAUUCCUGCGAGAAUUAUCCAGUUCCGCAGCUAUACUUUACAGAAAGUUAUGGUAAGAACUAUGAUACCUAGAAACAUUUUAAAAGAUAAACCACUCGAUCAAACAUGUCUUUUCUAUGCGAACACUACAGACAUUGGGGAAGUUCAAUCUCUGGUUAUUUAUCUCCCUCAUAUAUCAUCACCUGAUGAAUCACCAUUUUAUCACCCUGGAGUUUACGGAAUUGCUUUCCAGCAUACAUUCAAUCCUGAAACGCAGGAUGCAACUAUUGCAAUACACUAUGCAUUCUUCAACUCCGAGCCUCGUACUCAGAAACUUGAAAGAACAGCUGAACAUUUACUAGCCGCUCUAUAUAAGCACGGACAAGGAACUGCUGCAGGAUAUGUCAAGAAAGUCCAUCACGACACCAUCAUACCUCAAGCUAUUGUUCAGAAUACUUACGCUCGUCUCAAGGCCAAGUAUGCAAAGACUUUGAUUGAGAACUGGGCUGAAGCCACAGAUCCCGAAAAGCAUGUUUUUGAGGAUCUGAACAUUGCAGCAUUUCUCAUUGAACUUUGGGCCGAUACUUACAAGAAUACCGAAUUUCCAGGCUAUGUUGACAUUGGGUGUGGAAAUGGACUUCUUGUUCAUAUUCUUUCCGAAGAAGGCUACAAAGGAUGGGGAUUUGAUGCAAGAGAAAGGAAAUCAUGGAGUGUGUUCGGACCAAAAACACGAGAGAAGUUACAAGAACUUGUUUUGAUACCUUCAAUUCUAUAUUCAGAGUCAAAUGAAGAUGAAACCUCGGGACCUGAUGUUCACGACGGAAAUUUCCCCAAAGGAACAUUCAUUAUCUCAAAUCAUGCUGAUGAGCUAACUCCGUGGACACCUAUCCUUGCGAACAUUUCCCAAUCACCAUUCAUGAUGAUUCCAUGCUGUAGUCAUGCUCUUAGCGGUGCAAGAUGUCGGGCACCACCACCCAAAGGAUCUGGAGGUACACCCUCGGCGUACGCUUCUCUUGUUGCAUGGGUCGCGGGACUUGCUGAAGGAUGUGGAUGGGAAGUGGAGAAGGAAUGGCUACGAAUACCGAGUACAAGAAAUGCAGCUUUAAUCGGACGAAGAAGAAAACUAAAUUACGAAGAUGUUGACGUACGCGAGUUUGUUGAUGCAAAUGGCGGAGCCGCAGGCUGGAAAGAGAACGCAUUGAAGUUGGUAACGGGAAAGGCAAAAAAUCAUUGAUGGUCAUUUAUGACAUUUAUUACACAUCAAUUCUACCGAUCAGCACACCACGUACAGACGUACUCCAAGUAUUACAUCUCAAGUACAACAAAAGUUUCCCUCCAUAUGUGACACCAUUUCUCCCUUGAGAAUGCUCAAAGAAGCACCCAAAGUCAUCUCGCCAUCCAUGAAAACUCUGAGAUAUACGCCCCCUACAUACGAUCCAUUCUUUUCUGAAUCUGAAAACUCCAAGAGUAACAAGAUCCCACCAUAUAUGUAAUCAAUGUGGUCGUAAUUCCAAAAUUCUUAUUACACGCGCUAGCUAGAUUUGAGGUCACUCUCUCGUUCUAGGGAACGCCAUAAGAUGCAUCAUCCGAGCCACUUCCCCUAUCUCCAAAAUGAAAUCAAAAUGUACUGCUUACAUGCAUGCCCAUAUCUCCACCAUCAAUCUCUUGAAUGUCAUAUAACACUGAGUUUGCGAGGUGGAGGUGGAAUCUAGAGGGAUCCGUACGGGUGAGAGACUUAGAAUGGAACAGGAAAUGGGGGAUGCUGGGUUUCGCAUCUAAGUCGCCUCAUCUUCUCUAUCAAGCUUUUCAAGAUCAAUACCAGCAGAUCAAAUAUUAACCAUCUUUCAUCGAUGCCAUUAUUUUGAAUAGUUCACCAAAUCCUUAGUUUUUACUGCUUACUUACA